UGGUUUAGCAACCAGCCUUAAUAGCUUCAACAGAUAAUUUUGAAUAAAGGCAAGCUGGAAAAGGCAGAAGCUAAAAUGUUGACCAUAAGUCAAGUUCUUGUAGCAGGAGUUGUAUUUCUUCUGAUCAUGCAGUUUUUAAAGUUGCAGCGAGUGCGGAGACGGUUUCCUCCUGGACCAGUCCCUCUCCCAGUCCUUGGGACACUGAUACAGCUGAACUUUCAGUUUAAUCGUGAUCUCCUCAUGAAGCUGGCAAAAAUUCAUGGCAACAUAUUCACCUUAUGGUUUGGACGGGUCCCAGUGGUUAUACUGAAUGGAUUUCAAGCAGUGAAGGAUGGCAUGACCACACACCCUGAAGAUGUUUCUGGGAGGCUGGUGUCACCUUUAUUCAGAGCAAUGGCCAAAGGAAAAGGAAUUAUGUUGGCAACUGGUCACACCUGGAAGCAGCAGAGGAGGUUUGCUCUGAGGACUUUGCGCAACCUUGGUCUGGGGAAAAGAGGUCUGGAGCACCGAGUCCAAGAAGAAGCCCACUACCUGGUAGACUUCUUUGCAAGUAUGAAAGGGAAACCUGUGGAUCCUUCUUUCCCUCUCGUCCAUUCUGUCUCAAAUGUAAUUUGUGCUGUCGUGUAUGGACAUCGUUUCUCCAGAGAGGAUGAGGCCUUUCAUGAGCUGAUUAAAGCUACAGAACAUCUCUUCAAGUUUGGGGGCAGCUUUAUUCAUCAUCUCUAUGAAAUCUUCCCCUGGCUGAUGAGCCGUCUCCCUGGCCCUCAUCAGAAGGCAUUGGCUUGUUAUGAUGUCCUGAGCAACUUUACACGGAGAGAGAUCCGAAUGCACACAGACCGUGGGCCAGCAGAGGAGCUGCAGGAUUUCAUUGACUUCUACCUGGAUCACAUUGAAAAAUCCAAAGAUGAACCCAGAUCAACAUUCAAUGAAGACAACAUGGUUUAUUCUAUAAAUGACCUUUUCUUGGGUGGAUCAGAGACAUCAAGCACUACUUUGAACUGGGGCCUGCUCUACAUGGUGGCAAAUCCAGACAUCCAAGAGAAAGUGCAGAAGGAGCUGGAUGCUGUGUUGGGUCCCUCCAAGUUAAUCUGCUACGAGGAUCGGAGAGAGCUGCCCUACACAAACGCUGUGGUUCAUGAGAUCCAACGCUUCAGCAACAUCAUUUCAGUUGGCAUGCCCAGGGUGUGUGUGAGGAACACAACCUUGCUUGGCUUUCCCCUCAAAAAGGGCACCAUAGUUUUUCCAAAUAUUGCUUCAUCUUUGUAUGACCCAGAGAAGUGGGAAACACCUCGGCAGUUCAACCCUGGUCACUUCUUGGAUAAGGAUGGAAACUUUGUGACCCAAGAAGCCUUUUUGCCAUUUUCAAUAGGGCACAGGGUGUGCUUGGGGGAGCACUUAGCAAGGACCGAGCUCUUCAUUUUCUUUGCCAGCCUGCUGCGGGCGUUCACCUUCCAGCUCCCCGAGGGAGUGACCAAGAUCAGCACUGAGCCCGUUAUGGGGGGCACUCUGCAGCCCCACCCCUACAGGAUCUGUGCCAUUCCACGCUAGGCUGGACAUGUGCUGUGUGUCACAGACCAGCUCUGAAACAUCUUUCUUAUUUUCCUGAAUGUAUCUCUUGAGACCAUGUAAUGCUUUUUGUAUUGGAUUUGAAUUUCUAGUUCAAAAGCCUUUUGUCUACAAUAGGUAAUUUUAUUUAGACCCUCUUACCUGCUCAUGAAGGUGAUUUUUUUUGUGGUAAAAAUUCUUUUAUCUCUAAGACCCAUCAUUCUCAGCCAUAAAGAUAUUUUGCAAUUGCUGCCUGGCCUGGCAGUUAUAUAUCUGUGACACU